AGACAGCACGCCAAUUAAUACAAAACAAAACGACUAAUCAAUUCAGGAAAAGGGGCAAAACGGGAAACUGGAACUGUUUCGAGAGUCAGUUCCAUCGACAGCAUAAAUUGGAGACGGCGGAGAGGCAGCAGCAGCAGACAGAGCAUUUCAUCCUCCGUUUUUUCCUUCCCCUUCCCCGCCGGCGUGAUCGAAUUCCCUUUCCUUUUCCUUAUCCAACAAAUGGAUCCCCGCCGCCGAUCCACCAAAAAGCCACCGGUCCAGUCCCUCCACCACCACCACCACCACCACGAAGAAGAAGACAGCCGCCGCCGGGCCUCCGACGCCCUCCCGCUCCCGCUCUACCUCACCAACGCCAUCUUCUUCACCCUCUUCUUCUCCGUCGUCCACUUCCUCCUCACCCGGUGGCGGGAGAAGAUCCGCACCUCCACCCCGCUCCACGUCCUCACCUUCUCCGAGAUCCUCGCCGUCCUCGCCUUCCUCGCCUCCUUCGUCUACCUCCUCGGCUUCUUCGGCAUCGAGUACGUCCAGUCCUUCCUCCUCCGUCCCUCCGACGACGAAGACGACGUCGACGGCAGAUUCGCCGCCUGCCCCCAAUCCCUAGACCUAGCCGCCGCUCCUCCACCAUCCAUGGAAUUACAAUUACUCCCGCAGGACGACGAGGAGGUCGUCCAAUCCGUCGUCUCCGGCGCCCUACCUUCCUACUCCCUCGAAUCCAAAUUGGGGGAUUGCAAGCGCGCCGCCUCGAUCCGCCGCGAGUCCCUCCAGAGGAUCACCGGCCGUUCCCUCUCCGGACUCCCUCUCGAAGGAUUCGAUUACGAUUCAAUUCUAGGUCAGUGCUGCGAGAUGCCCGUGGGAUACGUCCAGAUCCCCGUCGGAAUCGCCGGCCCCUUGUUGCUCGACGGCGGGGAGUACUCCGUCCCCAUGGCCACCACCGAGGGCUGCUUGGUCGCCAGCACGAACCGCGGCUGCAAGGCGAUUCACUUGUCCGGCGGUGCCACCAGCGUGCUUCUCAAGGACGGGAUGACCAGGGCUCCGGUGGUUCGAUUGCCCAACAUCGCGAGGGCAGCCCAGCUGAAAUUCUACCUGGAGGAUCCCAGCAAUUUCGACACGGUUUCCAUGGUUUUCAACAGAUCCAGCAGGUUCGCCAGGCUGCAGAGCGCGAGGUGUACAAUGUCGGGGAGGAGCGUGUACAUCAGGUUCUGCUGCAGCACUGGGGACGCCAUGGGGAUGAACAUGGUCUCCAAAGGUGUUCAGAAUGUGCUGGAUUUCCUGCAGGCCGAUUUCCCUGACAUGGAUGUCGUCGCCAUUUCCGGCAACUUGUGCUCGGACAAGAAGCCUGCAGCAGUGAACUGGAUACAAGGGAGAGGGAAGUCAGUGGUGUGCGAGGCUGUGAUCAAAGGAGACGUGGUGAGGAAGGUACUGAAGACCAGCGUGAAGUCACUGGUUGAGCUUAACAAAGACAAGAACCUCGUUGGUUCGGCCAUGGCAGGGGCUCUAGGUGGGUUCAAUGCGCAUGCUAGCAACAUCGUGAGUGCUGUGUACCUUGCCACGGGCCAGGAUCCAGCUCAGAACGUCGAGAGCUCCCACUGCAUCACUCUGAUGGAGAGUACGAACGACGGGCAGGAUCUCCAUGUCUCCGUCACCAUGCCUUGCAUCGAGGUUGGAACGGUGGGAGGUGGGACGCAGCUUGCAUCGCAAUCGGCGUGCUUGAACCUGCUCGGGGUGAAGGGUGCAAACAAGGAGACACCUGGGGCGAACGCGAGGCGACUGGCGACCAUAGUUGCAGGCUCUGUUCUCGCCGGCGAGCUCUCCCUUAUGUCUGCGCUCGCCGCAGGGCAGCUGGUGAAGAGCCACAUGAAGUACAACCGAUCCAGCAAGGAUGUCACCACCCACGCUGCUGCUGCUGCUUCCUCUUAAUUUUAUUUUCUUAGAGGAGAGGAUGGGAGAUAGCUUUUUAACAUGUCGAUGUGUGUCAUUGUUGGAGACUUCGCAAGAACAUAUGGAUGGAAAGCCAAUUGGUUUGGAGGAAGGAAUUUGAUUGGAAAUAGAUGAAGUUUGGAACCGAACUUUGAAGAACAAAGAUUCAAUUGAGAAUUAGUUGAAGAAAGGAACUUGAAGUUGGAAAUAUGUAUUGAUAAACCAAGGUUUCUUACAGAAAUCACUGGAUGGAGGUACGAGAUCUUGAUUUUGUUCGACAAAGUGGAGAAUGAAAGAAUUUGCUUGAGGAAUAAGGAAAUGACAUAGGAAGAUUGUUGAUAGACGAGUUCAGGGAAAGUAAAACAAUGCACAAGGAGUUCAAAGAGUGCC